AUUUCUUAAGAUUACAAUGGAUUUGACACCAUUUCUACUGUUGGCCACAUUGUUUACAAUUGUCCAAUGCUUUCAUACCAGGAACACAUAUGAACAAAGUCAACCAGAGGGUAUGGAUGAAGCUAUAAUGAGGGGCAAUGUUAAAAAGAGACUGCACGACACAGACAUAUCAGUGCCUGAGAUAAACAACAUUAUAAACGAUCAAACAUUGGAGCCCUUUCUGUCAUAUUCUCUACAAGAAAAACUUUUACGUAGCCCAUUUACCUUAGACAGACAGAAACGCCAGGCUAAAUUAGAUUCCGAAAGGUUAAAACGCAUCUUGUCAACAAAGAAGGGAAGAAAAAUGGCUGAAAAAUUAUCAAGAAGAAAAGCUCUUUUAAGAAUGAUACACAGGAGAAGAAAACUUCGUAAACAACGUAAAUUAAGCAAAGGUAAAACGAAAGAAGAGAAUGAACCGCCGAAACCGACUGUUUCAACAGAGGAGUCUGCUGGCCAGCAAAACAAUCCAUCCUCUACAAACGAAAUAAAUCUUACAGUUCAAGUAGACAUGAACAAUCCUCCAAAGGCCAUAAAUACCAAUAAAAGCAGAUCGUCACUUCCACAAGGUAACAACAAUCAAUCAUCGUCACCAUCAUUGGAAGGGUUACAUCAAGACUAUCCAAUUACGUCGCAAAAAGUUCAAGCCCCUCCUGACACAAAUAUUUUUGGAGUUAUGCCAAACAUGAAUAGUCCGUUCCGCACACGAACGGUCCCAGAUAUUUACAGAGAAUCAAGCCGCAUGUAUCCAAGCCUACCAGGAUUAAUAUCGGGACAAAGCGUCAUGAAAAACAAAGCUUUUGUUAACCCUGCUUUCCCUAAACCGUUACUUGAUGCAGGACAUUAUGGGAACUUUCCGAACAGAAUUUUACCUUUAUUUGAUAACCAACAAGCAACAUUAUUGCAGGAAGGAACAAGACAUGAAAUUUCCGCAGGUGAACAAAAAUUCGAAGACGGGGACGACAAGAAAGACAAACGAGUAUACGAUCAGACUAACCCGGACAAUCAGCGUGAAGCUAAUCUCGAUUUUGGUCAUACACAGCCUAAAAGAAAUCAUGAUGAAUCGAAUGCUCCACCUGAAAAUGUUCAUAUGAACGGCGAAAUCAAGAACUUAUUGCAAGAUAUCAAAGAUAUAUUGAAUACUCGCCAGCCAGCUGAAAUAAAAAACGAUAAUGACAUGGUGCGACAAGAAGAUGAACAAAAAAUGGAAAAUCAUUCGGAUAUGAACAACAGCGUUGAAAUACAAUCAGAUUCUUCAUUUUUAUCACCAGUAGUACAAAAAGAAGAUGCAAAUAUUUUGGACACAGCGGCAGACACAGAAAACAAACAACCUGAUGUCCCUAAAAUGCAGCAGUAUGAUCAAAUUGGCACUGAUGUGAUUGCAUCUUUUACUGAAAAUUCCGAUGAUGAAUUGAACAAGGAAGAGGUUAUCCAUAAUACUUCUGAUCUUGUGCCAAAUCCAAAUAUUUCAACUGUUAUUUUAAAAGAUCCAAACGCUAAGUAUGAGGAGAAGCUGCUGGGUAUGAGUACCGAGGACAUCAUUAAAACUCUACAAAACCUUAAUUUGAUAACAAAAAGGGAAAAGAAAAUAAUACAGAGAAUGGCGAAAAGAUGGAACAGUGAUGACAAUUUUCAAAAUAUGUUAGACCAAUUAAUGCGACGGCGAUACUUUAGAAAAUCUCUUCGCAAGGUUCUGGACAGAGCAGGCGUGUCUACUGAUGACAAACUUUCUGGUCAUGACCUCAUUAUACAAUUACUCAGAGCAGAAGAUAUUCUUAUUCCUGUAGAACAACACCAUUUUGACUCUUUUGAAAACUUUCGGAUUCAAGAUGAAAACAUUGCAAGAUUUAAAGACAAUAAAGCAUUUCCUGGAGACAAUGAGCACAUAUUUGAUAAUCAUCCUGGAAUAAACUUUCCAUUCAACAAACAAACAAGAAAGCACCAAUUUUGACAUUGAUCAACAGGUCGGAUCUUCAUUUGACGAAAUCAAUCAACCAGACUUUACAAAGAUCCAAGAUGGUUUAUCUAGAAUAGAUAAUUUAAAUACCUUUCUGCCCUUUGAUAAAAUAGAUGAGAAGGAUCUUGCAGAAAAUGAACAUGUCAAUCCGUUUUCUAGUCAUGGCAUUUAAAACAACUCUUCCGACCAUGACCAUGAUGAAGACCAUGGACUUUAUAACAACUCGUCUGAUCAUGAAAUUGACAAGAACCGCUUUCAUCAAGAGAGUGAAGUUGGCAACAAAAUUCCAAGACACGGAUACAAAUUUGACACGAACUUUUCUAGUCAUGAUCAUGAAAUUGACAAAAACUAUUCAAAUGAUGAUGGAAGAAGCAACAACUUUCCUAGUCAUGAAGACGAAUUUGACAUCAGCAAUAACUUUCUUACAACUGAAGGCAAAUAUCCAAGCAACAUUUCUUCUCAUGAGCCCAGCUUUGAAAACACAUUUCGUAGUCAAGAUCAUCAAUCAAAAUAAUUAUAAACACAAUCAUACUUUCCUUACCUAGACUACUUUUACUCAACCGUAUAUUUCCUGUCAAUGGAGCUAAAAUUAUGAAAUGUCAUGUAUUUCUUGUUAUUUUUUCUGUCUUAUUAAACAA